AUGGCCAAUGUACAAGCCUUCGCAAAGCGUAGCCUCUACUAUCUGAAGCAAUUGCAAUGGAGAUGCUUGAGUUCUACCGUUCUAUCUCACAUGAGCAAAUCUCCUUUACUGUUUGACAAUGUUGAAUUAGCAUCUAACCGCUAUGAUAUCCAAAGAGGAAAUUUCGCUAAGGCCACUCAGCAAGAUAUUAAUUAUUUUAAAGAUAUCUUGUCUUCCCAGUCUGCUGUUAUUACUGAUGCAGAAGAAUUGAUAGGGUCCAAUACCGAUUGGCUACGAGUUGUAAGAGGAUCAGGCCCUGUCUUACUUAAGCCAGAGAAUACGGAACAAGUCUCAAAGAUAAUGCAAUAUUGCAACAACCGAAAUUUAGCGGUUGUUCCUCAAGGUGGUAAGACUGGACUUGUAGGUGGUGGUGUACCGGUCUUUGAUGAAAUCAUCCUGUCGACUUCGCGAAUGAAUAAUGUUAUUGAUGUCGAUAAAAUAUCAGGAACACUGGUUUGUCAACCUGGAUGCAUACUGCAAGAGUUAGAAGAUAGACUGGAUUCGGAUAAUUUUAUAUUACCAUAUGAUCUUGGUGCGCGUGGAAGUUGUCAUAUUGGCGGUAAUUUAUCUACUAAUGCUGGAGGAAUUAGGCUAGUACGUUACGGAUCUCUUCACGGUAGCGUUCUUGGUGUUGAAGCGGUCUUAGCAGAUGGAACAGUGCUAGAUUGUAUGUCCACAUGUCGAAAAGAUAACACUGGCUACGAUUUAAAACAAUUAUUCAUCGGAUCUGAAGGAACUCUUGGCAUCAUAACUAAAGUUGCUAUUGCCUUAGCUCAGAAACCAAGGGCUCAAUGUGUCGCUCUUAUUGGUUGUAACAACUUUGAAAAUGUUAAACAAGUAUUCUCAUCAGCUAGAAAGGAUCUCUGUGAAUAUCUUUCAGCUUGUGAAUUCAUGGAUUCCAAAAUUAUGUCACUUGUCGAAAAUCAUUUAAAGCUAACUAAUCCUGUUCAGACUUCAUCAUUCUAUGUUUUAAUCGAGGCUUCAGGAUCCUCAGAACAGUAUUGUAAAACGGCAUUACUAGAUUUUUUAGAAACUUUAAUAGAGAGUAAAGUCAUUAAGGAGGGCAUCGUCGCAGAUAAUUCUGUUCAGAUAAAAGAUGUUUGGGCUUUGCGGGAGAGGGUGUUGGAAGCUUGCCAGCAUGAUGGCUAUGUUUUCAAAUAUGAUGUUUCAUUACCUUUACGUGUAUUCUAUAAUAUUGUGGACGAUCUAAGAUCACGAUUAGGCUCUCAGGCUAAAAGUAUUGGUGGAUAUGGCCAUAUCGGUGACGGAAAUUUACAUAUCAACAUUACAUGCGAGGAGUACAAUAAACAACUAGAAAAAGCUAUAGAGCCGUACAUUUUCGAGUGGAUAGGUAAAUAUAAAGGUAGUGUAAGCGCCGAACACGGCAUGGGUUUUAUUAAAAGAAAAUAUAUGAACUACUCUAAAUCUGAGGCUGCAUAUAACACCAUGAAAGGCAUCAAGCAAUUACUAGAUCCUAAACGUCGGAUGAUGGAUAUCUAA